AUGACAUCAGGCCUACACAGCCACGGGCAUUCGAUAUCGCAGCCGCCGGCGCAUCAUUUGGAGUCAGCCACCGUUAUACCGGCGAAAGAGAAGACCGUGCACGGGGGAAAGAGAAGACGUUCAAGGUUGUGGUCGGCAGCGAGGUGGGUGUGAUGAAGACGCCGGUGCUGGGCCCGAGGCCGUACAACGCGCUCGCCAUCAUACACACGCAGCAGAGCAACACGUUUGAUAUGCUCAACUCGCUCACCACCAGCGUGGCGAGUCAACCAGUGGGCGUGGGAGGUUACCGUCGCCGCAGCUCGGGCCAGGGUCCCAUCCGUGAUCCAGAGCUGGACGAUAGCGGCAACAAGCUCGUCGCGAGGCUAGAGGACGACGCGUUCAUAUCGGAACAGGAUCUGGAAGAAAACAUAGAAAUAGCGACCGGCAAGGGAUUGCCGCACAAGCCGCCCGACGCGACCGACGAGGAACAGCCGCAAGAACCCCAGAACGGCAUGGUGUACGGACCGAUAUACGAGCUGGAGAAGCUCGACCAAAAAGACAAACACAAAGAAGAUAAAGAAGAUGAGGAGGAACCGAUCGGAGUGUCGCCGUGUGGCAGGUUUUUCAAAUACGACAAGGAGGUUGGUAGAGGCUCGUUCAAGACCGUGUACCACGGGCUGGACACGCAGACCGGUGUGGCCGUCGCUUGGUGCGAGUUGUUGGAGAAAAAACUGAACAAAACCGAGCGACUGAGGUUUAGAGAGGAGGCGGACAUGUUGAAGAAACUCCAACAUCCGAACAUUGUCCGCUUCUACAACUACUGGGAGGGCACUGUGGCCAAGAAGAAGAAUAUCGUGCUGAUCACCGAGCUCAUGCUGUCCGGGACGCUGAAAGCAUAUCUACGAAGGUUCAAAAAGAUCUACCCGAAGGUGUUGAAGUCAUGGUGUCGACAGAUUCUGAAGGGUCUGAACUUUCUGCACUCGCGGACUCCGCCCAUUAUACACAGAGAUCUGAAAUGCGACAACAUCUUUAUCACUGGUACGACUGGCAGCGUGAAAAUCGGCGACUUGGGACUAGCGACACUCAAAAAUAGGAGUUUUGCAAAAUCUGUCAUUGGCACGCCGGAGUUCAUGGCGCCGGAAAUGUACGAGGAGCACUACGACGAGUCCGUGGACGUGUACGCGUUCGGCAUGUGCAUGCUGGAGAUGGCCACCGGGGAGUACCCGUACAGCGAGUGCAGCGGGCCCGCGCAGAUAUACAAGAAAGUCGUGUCGGGCGUGAAGCCGCAGAGCUUGGAGAAGGUGACGAUACCGGAAGUGCGGGAGAUCAUCGAGUCCUGCAUACGGCCGAACAAAGCUGACAGGCCAAAAGUGAAAGAUCUGCUGAACCACGAGUUCUUCGGCGAAGACAUCGGGCUGCGGCUGGAGAUCGUGGACCGCGACCUGGUCACCUCCUCGGACAUCACCAAGAUACAGUUCCGCCUCAAGAUCAUCGAUCCUAAGAAACGAUCGUACACGCACAAGGAGAACGAGGCGAUCCAGUUCGAGUUCGACGUGGAGAACGACGACUGCGAGGAGGUGGCCAACGAGAUGGCGAAGGCGGGCCUCAUCAUGGAGGAGGACGCGCGCAUCGUCUUCAAACUGCUCAAGUCGCAGCUCAUCAGCCUCAACAGGUCAGUGAGUAGUGCUGUGUAUACUGCCAUGGCAAUGUGACCCCUAUGGUAAGUU